AUGGAGACGCCGGCUGGUUUUUGGCUCCUGGCAGCGCUGCUUGUAGCUGCGCUCAGCUUUACUCAGGCCCAGACUGAGAAGAAGUACUUCAAGGCAGGCGGAGACCUUCGGCUCAGCCCUCAGAAGGUCUCUGGGUCGAUCUUCAGCAUCGUGUGGAAAUACGACAAAAACCUGCUGGCUGAGUGGGUGGAAGGCUCGAUUGAUCUAACUUACUACAGUAAGUUUAAAGUCCGCUCAGAGCUGAAAAUUGUGACCGGGGAGUUGGUGGUCCACAACAUGACUUCAGGCGACAAAGGCGUGUAUUCAGUGGAGAUCAACGACCAGGUCCAGAGUCUGACUUAUCAGACUGUGGAGAUCCAAGAAGUGCCCAAGCCUACGGUGGAGUUACAGCCGCUGGUGUGCCACCCAACCUCAGGGAGCUGCAGACUGAUAUGUCACGGAGACGUUGCUAACGCUGGGCCUGUCAGCUACUUCUGGAAGAAAGAUGACGGAGGGUGGGAACUAUCCGAAGACAGAAAGGAGCUCAGCCCUGAGGAAAGUAAUGUGAAAACUUUCACCUGCAGGAUGGAGAACCCUGUGAGUGUGGAGGACAGCAAACCCUUCAACAAUCCUUUAUACCAGGAGAAAAAGGUGAACGAGCUGAACUCUGAAUACUGGAUUCUAAUUUUAGGUACUGUGGUGAGAUCUCUGGCCAUCCUGGCACUCUCUGUGGUGAUCGUCUACUUCCUGUGUCAGAGACUGCAGACUGUCUGUAAAAGCAGAAAUGAUGAUAAUGCAGGUUAAACCGAACUGUCACCUUUGAUUGAUGAAGAUUUAAAGCAUGUCGACUCUCCUGAAAGAGAAGUUCUUAUCUUUUUAUCUUUGUAAAACUGCUCGGCUUCAUUUCCAACUAACCUUCAUUUAUCACAGUCAUGGUCGGCCAUGUUUGUAGUUUUUUUGGUUUAUUUCUUGUGUUUUCAGAGAUUUUGUGUCUUCUGUACCUCUCUGUCUGUCUCGUGUGGUUCUGGUAAUCGGUGCUCUCGGCACCUCUGAUGUUUGUUACUUCCUGUCUUUGUUUCCUCUUUUUUCUGCCUGCCCCGCCCUCAUGUAGUUCCACCUGUUUGGUUCACUGCAUUUAUGCCUUUUAUUGUAUUUCUCCUGGUGUUAGUCAGUUUUCCCACCUCUGUCCAUCAUUCCUCUUUGCUCUUAUUUAGUUUGAACAGCCUUCAGGAUUCUGUGUUUUCUUUGGAGCUGCUUGGCUGCUGAUCAAACGCUCACAUUAUUGGCUUCAAGCUGUAAAUCUGACAGCUGUGAGUUGCAACCAUAUAAUAUU